UAUAUACACACAAAACGUAUUUUGGAACAUCAUCAUCAUCAUCAUCAACGGCAAGCAACAUGCAUGGCGCUCCGCGGUUUAAUAUCAGACGAAUCUCAGUUUUCUUUACAUUGGGCCUAUUGUUCUAUGUGUUGGUGAUCUCCGGCAGCUAUUAUGAGUAUCAAAUAGGCGGCACUAUCAGUAAUGCAAGACCGGAAAAGGUUUGGGAAUAUGUGGCCGAUUUUAAUAAAAUGCGUCUACUAAAUCCCACCAUCAUAAAUUUCAAAAUAUUAGCAGAUCAUGGCCACGCCCAUGAUUGGAGAUAUACAGUGGAAUAUACCGAACGCCUAUCACAUUGGCCACAUUGGAUAAAUACAGCCACAGCCAAAUAUAUGGUUACAAAAACUAAACCUGGGGUUACACCCAUUGAAUAUGCCAUACAAUCGACCCAUGAGACUUGCUUCUUUAAAGGAUUAUACUGUCUACACACUCUCAGUGAGUUUCGCUUUAGUGGAGUCAAAAAGGAUACCUAUGCCCAUGAGAGAAUCAAGUAUCAAUGCCCUCCACUUUUGAGUAGCAUGUGCCGAAGAGAGCUUGAAUACCAGAGGCAGGCUGUUAUUCAUAAUUUAACUCAUAUUUUUAACAAACAAUCUACUUAAAUACACAAUUAAUAAACAAGUAUUCAAAUUUCAA